GUGUGAGGUAGACUGAGCCGCGUGGUGGAGUGGUCACAGCUGUCCUUAACCUUCACGGAUAAUGAGUGGUGCAGGCUUGACUUUAAACAUUAGGGAAGGCGACAAUCCUAACUGGGAUUUCUUCAGGGAUCACCGCAAGAGAGGCCGAGAAAACCACUCGGGUGAUUCAUCUGCAAAACGAUUGCGGGAUAAUCCACUAAAGGGCAAGGAGAGAGAUGAUACGAGACAUUCCAGUACUAGAAAGGUGGUCAGCGCCGAUAAUGGCACUGCCGAAGAAGAACAAGAUAAUACGUUCGAAGAAAAGCGCGAAAUCCUGACAUCGUUAUUCACAGGAAAUCCAGACAUCCCUUACAUUCUCCAGUCCAACAUAUCCAAAAUGUCUGAGAAGGUCUUUUCUGAGGACUCCUUCUCCAGCUUGAAAAUUGCUCCACAAAUUAUAUCAAACGUAGAAAAGUUAGGUUUUACGUCGAUGACAAUGGUACAGCAGAAGAGCAUCCCGGCUGUCCUGGCUGGGAAAGAUACCCUGAUUAAGUCACAAACUGGAUCAGGGAAGACGUUGACAUAUGCCCUACCCAUCAUUCACAGCCUCAUGAUGCAAACCCCACAUCUUCAACGAAGUGAUGGUGUUCUCGCUGUAGUUAUUGUACCCACAAGAGAAUUGGCACUGCAGAGUUACCAGUGGUUUGAAAAAUUAUGUAAGUCGUGUGUUUGGGUGGUCCCGGGAUACCUCAUUGGUGGAGAGAAGAAAAAGGCUGAGAAGAGUCGGCUGCGUAAAGGAAUCAACAUCCUCGUUGCCACGCCAGGACGGUUGAUAGACCACCUGUAUCAUACCAAGUCCCUUAGUGUGGCAAAUGUGAAGUAUUUGGUGAUUGAUGAAGCUGACAGACUGCUGGACAUGGGUUAUGAGAGAAGUGUCACAAGCAUCAUCGAGACACUGACAGAACAACAGCCAGGGUUAUCCAGGUCAAGACAGACUAUAAUGCUCUCAGCUACACUGUCUGCUGGAGUAGAAAAACUGGCAGGAAUGAGUCUCCUAUCUCCUGAAGUGGUUGACAUCAGUCAUGAGGGAGAGGAGAGCAGUAGUCAGCUUACCUCUGAGGAUCUGGCUACUCCAGAAAACCUCACCCACCAUUAUGUCUUGGUUCCUGCCAAACUCAGGCUUGUCACACUAGCCGCCUUUAUUUUGUCAAAGUGUAAAUUUGGGGACGAGAGAAAGAUGGUCGUCUUCUUUGCAACUCAGGAUAUGGUGGAUUAUCACACAGCUCUCUUCUCCAAGAUCUUGUCCAGAUAUGGUAAGACAACCAACAAUAACUCAUCUCUAGCCAGGCGGGCAGAGAAGGUAUUAGCUGGUGAAGACGAUGACGGGGAAGGAAGUGAAGAUGAAGAGGAUAUAGAAGAGGAUCCUUCAGAUGACAGCGAUGAUCAUAUUCUCUUCCAGAAGCUACAUGGCAGCAUGACUCAGCAGGAUAGAUCAUCUGUGUUUAACUCAUUCCGAGAAGCAACGGCAGGUGUCUUGAUGUGCACGGAUGUAGCAUCUCGAGGUUUGGAUAUGCCGAAAGUCCGAUGGAUUGUGCAGUUCAAUGCUGCCUGUACGGCUGCGGACUAUGUGCAUCGGGUUGGUCGUACUGCCCGUGUCAACGCUGCAGGGUCAGCCAUUGCCUUCCUUGCUCCGGCCGAGGCACCAUACAUCCGGAUGCUUGAACAACAUAAAAUUACGUUGAAGGAAGUGCUGAUGCAGAAGGUACUCAAGAACCUCAUGUUACCAGUGGACAAUGCUUCGUAUAGGCCCCUCACCCAAUCAUAUGAAGAAGCAGCUACCAGCCUUCAGGUUCAAGUAGAGAAAUUGUUACUUAGGGACCACGCCCUUCAUAUGGUGGCAAAGAAAGCAUAUGUUUCGUUUGUUCGCUCCUAUGCAUCUUACCCCAAAGAAGUGAGGGAAAUGUUCAACUUUAAAGCCCUGCACCUUGGUCACUAUGCCAAAAGUAUGGGACUGAGAGACACUCCAGCAGCCCUAGGAGCCUCAGCAGCAUUCAAGGCCAAGAGAGAAAUGAAAGAGAAGAGAGAGAGAAAAGAGAACAGAAAGAGAAUUAGGGUGAUGAACCAGAGGUGCGGAAAUUUACCCAAAACUGCCAGUAUGUCCGAGUUUGACAGCGGUUUGGAAGGCUUAUCCAAGAUGGUGAGGAAGAAGGGCCUGGUGAAGAAUAAAGCCAGAUUUAAGAGAUGAAAUUAGAAAAUAUUAAAAUAAACCCUAACAUAUACUGUACAGUACAAUAUGUUAAAUCAUUUGCCAUCAUAAUGUUGAGAUAAAAUGUGAUGACUGAAGUUUGUAUUAUGAAUUUCUUUUGUAAACAGUUUCUUUUAAUGAUUAUUUAUACAUUAAAUAUGGUAAACUUAUUGAUAGCAGUUUUAUGAAAUUAUAUGAUGGAAAAGAUGUUACAUUUGUUGUUUCGUUACAUUCAUUUUAAAACCUGAAUAUUGUAUUUAUUAUGAACAUGCAUUAAGAAUAUGGAUAGAUAAAUACUUGUUUUAGUGUUGACAUUUUAGCCUUGACAGAUAUUCCGUAUCAUUGAUGGUGUAGUAUAGUGAGUCAUUUUCAUUUUUAUCAUGGAGAAAUUAUAUCGUAUACAUUUUUGUCACUGCAUCUGUAAUUACUGAACAUCUACUCAUUCAUCAUCUUAUAUUUUAUGUGAGGAGAUAGGUAGGUGUUAAAAUGUGUAAAGUUUGAUACUGUACCGUUAGUUAAGAUGUGAACUCGCAUACCUGGGAACUUUCUGGCAACUGGUGGACUUGUGACCUUUUCCAUGCCAAGUUGGUCAUUCUUAAGAUGAGUGCAGAGGGGGGGGGGGGCUGACAUGACAACCAUAAGUAAACAGUACAUGUAAUAUUGCAAAGAUAACAAAUUAUUGGUAAAAAAGGGUUUUAUGUCACAAACAAUCCCACAGGUAACAUUCAUAUCCUUCCUGUAAUAAAUUUUGAAUGAUAAUACAGAAACAGAAUUAAUACAGAUAUGGACAUUGUCCUCUGUGCAAGGUAAUAGGUCCAUAUGCAUAAUGGACUUAUUAUAAAGGUCACCUAUUAUCCACAGAGGUAAUUAUAGACAAACUUCUUGUUGAGUUUGUGUCAUAUAGAUCUUGGCAAAGUACAUCAGAGGAGAUUGAGUAUAUGCUGUGUUGUUUGUUUAUAGUAGUAAAUAUGAGUUCUUGUAGCCAUAGUCUGUCAAGACCCUUCAUCUAAUUGAGGUUUUUGUCCCAUGGAACCUGAAAAUUUCAGAUUUUCUUUGUGUUUUGUUGUCCUCAGUUGUGAGUUAAUUGAUAUUACUGUAAUGCAUUGAGAUAGUUCAAAAUUGUGAAGCAGAAUAACAUGUCUUUAUCUAUAGUAUAAAAAUGAAUAAUCAUUGAUAUUU